AUGGAGACAGCCAUAGCAGAAACUCUUCUAUUCGGUGAGCGGGAAGCUCGGAUUUUCGCCGCCAGGGAAAUCUGUAAGCUUGGUCGCAAUGAAAGACAAAAGUUAGCCGAAAAUGGAGCAAUUCCACAGUUGAUUUUCAUGCUCGAGUCCCAAGAUUAUGAAUCAAUAGAAGCAGCUCUCUUGGCUCUGCUCAACCUUGCCUUUGGCAGUGAAAGGAACAAAAUCCGAAUAGCGAAAUCAGGGGCCACGCAAGCAUUACUGAAGGUCCUCCAAUGGCGGAACGAGUCCCUGCUCGAGCUUGCCCUGGCGGCUCUGUUGAUCCUCUCGUCGUGCGCUGCGAAUAAGCCCGAAAUUGCAUCCUCUGGCGCGGUUCAGCUCCUCUUCGAGCUUCUCGACUCAGAAUCCCCAAACGGCGAGGCCGUCAGCCAUCAAGCCAAGCUCGACAUCAUAUCCACACUGCACAACCUCUUGGUCUCCCCCGAAACCCUACCGUCCGCAAUCCUCUCCGACGGCUUAAUCCGGCUGAUUCACCUGAUCUGCGACGCCGAUAAAUCAUCGGAUCUGGCGGAGAAGGCAGUCGCGCUCCUCGAAUCUCUCAUCUCCUCGUCGGAAUCAGCGGUGAGCCUGGUGGCGGAGAUCGGUGGCGCGAUCGGGCUGCUGGUGGAGGCAGUGGAGGAGGGGACGGCGGCGUGCAAGGAACACGCGGCGGCGAUUCUGGCGGUGAUAUGCAGGAGCUGCCGGGAGAGGUACAGAGGGGUGAUCCUCGGGGAAGGGGCUAUGCCGGGGCUGAUGCAGCUUAGCGUCGACGGCAACCGGCGGGCGAGGGAGAAGGCCAAGGCGCUGAUGAUGAUGCUCCGGGAGAGCUCCGAAAGCGGGCCGGCUAGGGUUAGGCAUUCGAAGAGCGUUUUGGUCGAAGAGGUUAUGAGGAAGAUCGAUAGAGGGGGAAAGAGAGGGGGUUCUAUUCAGCUUGUGGAGAAGAUGAUUGCCAGGCUCAACUCAAUCUAG